AUGUCUGCCCUUUUGUCUGUAGGCUUUGGACAAGGAUCUCUGCGGCCCAGACACCCUUCUGUGGACAGCGGACACGAAGCCUACAACUCCUAUUCCUAUUCUCAAUCUACAGCCGUGACGGAGUGGACGUCCUGGUUCAACAUCGAUCAUCCUGGUGGGAACGGAGACUACGAGCGUUUGGAGGCGAUUCGGUUCUACUACAGAGAGAGGGUGUGUGUGCGGCCCACAGCCAUGGAGGUGCGCACCACAGACUGGGUCUCAGCUGCCGACACUGGAGAGGUGGUGCACUCCAGCUUGGACAAGGGCUUCUGGUGCGUCAACAAAGAGCAGCCUCAUGGGAGGAUCUGUUCCAACUACCACGUCCGAUUCCAAUGUCCUCCAGUGCAGAGUUACUGGUCGGACUGGAGCGAGUGGGGUCCAUGCUCCACCUCUGUGUGUAACGACGCGGGGAUCCAGACUCGACACAGGAAGUGUCUUAGCAGCCAGCCCAUGCCCCUGCUGCUGGUGCCCGCCUGCCAGGGCCACCACACGGACAGACGAGAGUGCUCCACACCCCCUUGUACAGCCAAGUGGAGUCCAUGGGGGCAAUGGGGAGACUGCUCUGUGUCCUGUGGAGGGGGACGGAGGGUCAGGAGGAGGACCUGUAUCAAGAACUCACCAACAGUGCAGUGUACGGGACGUCCUGCCGAAAUGCAGAAGUGCGGAAAGAGCCCAUGCCCAGUUCGUUGCCAAAUGUCGUGCUCUGAGGGACGUCCCAUCGAGGACUGCAGUCGCUGUGUGUGUGACGGCCAUGUCCUGCUGGGAGAGGUGCACAGUAUGACCGGAGUGCCUGUGUCCGGAGCCUCAGUGUCUCUGCCCAGUCAGCCCAAAGUCAUCCUGGCCCGUACAGACAACAAGGGCCAGUUCAAACUACCAGGAGUGUGCUCGUCCAGCUCGGCCCUGGUCUCUAUUCGUAAAGACAAGUUUGCACCAGUGACGGUGGCAGCAACGAGCAACACAACGGGCCGGUCCUGGAUCAAAACUGUGCUCAAAACUGCAGAGAAGCCAUAUAUUGUGAAGCACCCAGAGGACAAAGUGCGCUACGAGGGCGGACGAGUGCUGCUGUGCUGCAAGGCCACGGGCUCACCACUGCCUGACAAAUACUACUGGUACCACAAUGGAACUCUGCUCGACAGAAAGGUGAACAAAUACGAAGAGGAUUUAGUGUUACGAGAUCUGAGGCCAGAGCAGUCGGGUCACUACUACUGCAAAACCAGCAGCUCUGCAGGCAGCAUCAAGUCUGCUCCUGCUCUCCUCACUGUCAUUGCUAAAGGGGCAGCAGCCUGUAACUCCUCCCCAGAGCCGCACCUCGUCAGGAUGCCAGUGGACUGUGUUCAGCCUGGGACAGACUCUGCAUUCUAUAACGCUGGCCGUUGCCCUCACAACAAAUGUCCCGGACCGUUGGACUAUGAUCUACGCUGCAGGGAUGGAGCUGGAUUUUGCUGUGCCGUCAAAACCAUGGAGGCUCGCACCAUCAACUGUGGCAGCUAUAAUCAAAACCCGAGAGUGGCCAAAGAGAUCGCUAUAGGGCGUUGUUUUGAUGGCACCUCGGACGGCUUUUCCAGGGAGAUGAAAGCCGAUGCAGGAAUAGCACUGACUUUCCACUGUCCAGAGAGGAAAAUAAACAGAGAAGGUUUGUUCCAGCGUUUGCAGACCAAUCCGGGACAAACGCUGGCACAGAUGGCCAGAGACAUGAGAGAGUUGGAGGGGGUGCAGGUGCAGAGGUCCCGAGUUGUGGCCUACCCCGGCAGUAAAUACUAUUUCAUAGAUCUUGAAUCAAGAGUUAUUGUUGAUAAUUUAAUGUUGCUGAGCAUGAACCAUUUUUGA